AUGGCCCGCCUGCUCCAAGAACAGGACCCGCGGAGGACCAACUACUGGCCUGUAGCCUGCGCCCGCUUACGGACAGCCAGACAAACCAGGUCCGCUGCCUUGCUCAUAGAUCAAACGGAACCAGUUGCUGGCCCGCCCCGCCGGGCGGUGGUGGACGUGAGCGCCCUGGCGCGGAGCCGGGUGGUUCGGGCCCCGGGGCGGGGGGCUCCUGGGGUCCGGCGGCUGCUUGGGGUGCUGCUGUUUCUGCUUCUGCUGCCGCCGCCCGCGGGCGCCUGGUACAAGCACGUGGCGAGUCCCCGCUACCACACGGUGGGCCGCGCAGCCGGUCUACUCAUGGGGCUGCGCCGCUCGCCCUACCUGUGGCGUCGCGCGCUGCGCCCGGCGUCCGAUCCCCUCUCCUGGGACAUCUUGGCUCCUGGGCCAGCACCCCGCAACGCCCUUCUCCUGCUUCCCUCGGGGUUGCGGGAGUUGUGGGAGGCGCGACGCCGGAGCCCCGGAGCAGGGCUCCCGAUCCGUGCCCCUCGGAGUCCGCGCUCCCCGGAGCUCGAGCCGAGGCUGGGCAUCCACUCCUGGACCUCAGCUGUGUCUGCCAGAGCCUUUGGAGAGAAGUCUUCGUCUUCGACCCAGCCACGGUCCCUGGAGCAAAUGGCCUUCACCAGCCCGGCUUGGCUCCAGGACCGCCCUGAGAACAUUCACUGCCCUCGUCGGCCCUGCGCCUGAACCAGCAGCAGUCGCUGCUUCUAGGGCGCACAGCUCCUGGCUCUGGCCAGGCCUGGUGUUCUGGUCAAUAAAACUAGCCUGAUUCCUGCGC